CGUUUCGGCGCUGUGGAGUCGCAUGGUCUCUCCUCCGCUCGAAUAAGAAUACAAGAAUCUGGAAAGGUUGGAGAAGAUAAAGUAUAUUCAGUCCCCACGCCAGGAGAUCAACAAAGAAAUGCACAAUUUUGAGGAUGAGUUAACAUGUCCCAUUUGUUACAGUAUUUUUGAAGAUCCUCGUGUACUACCAUGCUCUCAUACAUUUUGUAGAAAUUGUUUGGAAAACGUUCUUCAGGCAUCUGGUAACUUUUAUAUAUGGAGACCUUUACGAAUUCCACUCAAGUGCCCUAACUGCAGAAGUAUUAUUGAAAUUGCUCCAACUGGUAUUGAAUCUUUACCUGUUAAUUUUGCAUUAAGGGCUAUUAUUGAGAAGUACCAGCAAGAAGACCAUCCAGAUAUUGUCACCUGCCCUGAACAUUACAGGCAACCAUUAAAUGUUUAUUGCCUACUAGAUAAAAAAUUAGUUUGUGGUCAUUGCCUUACCAUAGGUCAACACCAUGGUCAUCCUAUAGAUGACCUUCAAAGUGCCUAUCUGAAAGAAAAGGACACUCCACAAAAACUGCUUGAACAGUUAACUGACACACAUUGGACAGAUCUUACUCGUCUUACUGAAAAGCUGGAAGAACAAAAAUCUCUUUCUGAGAAAAUGGUCCAAGGUGAGAAGGAAGUUGUUCUCCAGUAUUUUAAGGAGCUUAGUGAUACAUUGGAACAGAAAAAAAAAUUUUUCCUAACGGCUCUCUGUGAUGUUGGCAAUCUGAUUAAUCAAGAAUAUACUCCGCAAAUUGAAAGAAUGAAAGAAAUGAGAGAGCAGCAGCUUGAACUAAUGACACUGACAACAUCUUUACAAGAAGAGUCUCCACUUAAAUUUCUUGAAAAAGUCGAUGAUGUCCGCCAACGUGUGCAGAUCUUAAAACAAAGACCACUUCCUGAGGUCCAACCUGUUGAAAUUUAUCCUCGAGUAAGCAAAGUAUUAAAAGAAGAAUGGAACAGAACAGAAAUUGGACAAAUUAAGAAAGUGCUCAUUCCUGAAAUGAAAAUUUCUUCAAAAAGGAUACCAUGUUCCUGGCCUGACAAGGAUGAAAAAGAAGUUGAAUUUUUUAAAAUUUUAAACAUUGUUAUAGUUACACUGAUUUCAGUGAUACUGAUGUUAAUACUCUUUUUCAACCAACACAUAAUAACCUUUUUAAAUGAAAUCACUUCAAUAUGUUUUUCUGAAGUCUCUCUAUCUGUUUACCAAAGUUUAUCUAACAAUGUGCAUGAUUUAAAGAGUAUACUAUGUCACACUUUAUAUUUGUUGAAGGAAUUUAUGUGGAAAAUAGUUUCUCAUUGAGAACUUACAUCUGAAUUAUUUAAAUGGUCUUACUCUGUAUAGCAGAGACUAACCAUUGCUAAAUGGACAAAUAGGGGUAGCAUGGACAAAUAAGUAGCAUACUAAGCUUCAUUAGAGUGGCAACAAAUAUAUAGAAAUGUUAUACCUUUUAUGCUUCUGUAGGUUAGAAAUGAUAUGUCAAAAUUAGAAAGGAGGCAGCAUCUGAAAUAUUCAAAUCAUUAUUAGAAAGUAAAGUCUGCUAAUUACUUGAUUUGAAUAUUAAUAUAUUAUCCCAUUUUUAUUGGCUUCGUGGAGGUUGACUUAAUGUUGCUGUGACAUUUAAACAUUCUUGCACUAAUAUGUUACUAUUAUUAUAUACUGCAGUAAGUUGGCUUUGUAGUUCUU